AUGGACCAUCGCUGGACUACUUUCCCCUACCUAUCCCAGCAAUGCAGUAAAUGCCAAGGGAAAUGUGCUGGUCAUUUUCUGAGCCAAGUUGACAAUCUUGCCCAUUACAAGAAGCAUGGAACCAAAGGAAUGAUGAUCAAUCCUCCCUCAAAGAUACUGAGUGAAGCACACAAGACAUUUGGUGCAAGUAAACCGAGUGAAGAACAGCUCAUCGAUUUGGCAAAGAAAACACUGCUAACAACAGAACAUGUUAACAUGUGGUUUGAGCAUCUGGAUACUGUACAGAAGAAUCGUGCAGAAGGAGUUAAGAAAGCAAAAGCAAAAAGAGGAUGA